AUGGCCUCAGUGCCAUUCCCUUGCAUUGUCCACCCUUACGAGUCCCCGACGUCGCAUGCCAGCGCCUACGAGAUUGGCCCUUCUGGAGCUUCGAAUGCCAUACUCUUCAUAGGAGGUCUCAGCGAUGGCCCCCAUACUGUUUUAUACACCAAAACCCUCGCCACGCACCUGGAGAAGACGGAACAGGACUGGUCCAUCUUUGAGAUCCGGAUGAGAAGCUCAUUCUCCGGCUACGGCUAUUCAAGUCUGAAGAACGAUGUUGAGGACAUCUCGGCCCUCGUGAGGUAUCUCCGAGGUAUCGGCAAAAAGAAGGUUGUCCUCAUGGGCCACUCAACCGGGUGCCAGGACUGCGCAGAAUACACCAAGCACACGGAGGACCCCGUUGAUGGCUUCAUCCUCCAAGGCCCCGUUUCCGAUAGAGAGAGUAUCGUUGACUCUGUUGAUCCCGAGUGGCUGCAGAAGAGCCUGAAGCGCGCAGAAGAGUUAAUAGCCGAGGGCAAGAAGGGCGAGGCGAUUCCCAAAGAUCUUUUGCCGUCCUUCUUCUCGACACCUAUGACAGCGUACCGCUGGCACUCUCUUGCAGCCAAGGGUGGCGACGACGACUAUUUCUCAUCCGAUCUUGAAGAGUCGUUCGUAUCUGAGGUCUGGAACCGGUUCCAACAGCCUGUAAUGGCCUUGCAGUCCGCCGAGGACGAGUUCGUUCCUGCCAAGAUCGACAAGCAAGCUCUGGUCGACUCGUGGAAGAAGACGAGCCCCAAGGUCCAUGAGUUGUCUGGUUUGAUCCCCGGUGCAAGCCACACGGUGAAGAACCCAGAUUCGCAGCAAUGGUUGGCAGAGCGGGUGGUUCAGUUCCUCCAGCAAGUGUGA